GACCCGACUGCACACGGCUGGCCUAUUCCCUUGCGCCUGUGGAAGUCGUUUGUUUACUCCCCCUUCGCAACUGUUGACUUUCACCGAGGCCGGCCUUUUCCAUACUACUUCAUAAUUUCGAUCCCCAUCGGCGCCAAUUCCUGUCCCAUCUCGGCUUUUUCGCUUCUCCGGCCCAAGUCUUCUCCAAGAUCGACUAUGCAUUGAGCCUUCAGUCGCUUGCUCGGUCGGUCAUGGAUACCCCCACCACGGCCAGGAACCAGGCUCCUCGCCAGCCAUUGAGUGACGCGACGCAGCGGCUCAACCAUGCCACCGUUACAAACGUCAGCCGCCGCCACCAGGUCGGCGACGAUGAGAACUACCUGCUGUCCAAGUCCAACAAUGCCGCUCGAGGCCGUUCCCAUCCCGUCCUCACCUCACACCAUCCGGCAGUCGAACCACGUCCACAGCACGUCCCGGCUCCGGCAGCAGUGGUUGCCGAGCCUGGCCCAGCCCACCCGCGGCUUUCUGCCAUCUCCAGGGAUGCUCGUGAUGUCUCGGACUCGCGCCGCGUCUCCCAGUUCUCCAAUGUGUCCUCCAACGCGUCCAGCACUCGCCAGCUCAAGACCCAUAUUGGGCCCUGGCAGCUCGGCAAGACUCUGGGGAAAGGCUCGUCAGCCCGGGUUCGUCUGGCCCGCCACCGCGUGUCGCAUCAGCUGGUGGCGAUCAAGAUCGUGGCCAAGAGCACCGCCCACAUGACCCAGGCAGGCAGUCUGGCGAACCUUGACCGUAUCGACUACAGGAACCCGACCACGGCCGCCGACGGGGGCCUUCGCCGGAUGCCGCUGGCUAUUGAGAGAGAAGUCGCUAUCCUCAAGCUGAUCCGGCACCCCAACAUCAUCGAAUUGCUGGACAUAUGGGAAAAUCGCUCGGAGAUCUACCUGGUCACAGAGUACGUCGAGAAGGGGGAUCUCUUCGAGUUCAUCAACUGGAACGGUCCGCUCCAUGAAGAGGAAGCCAUCUUCUACUUCCGUCAGAUCAUGACUGCCUUGGAUUACUGCCACUCGUUCAACAUUUGCCACCGCGAUCUCAAGCCGGAGAAUAUCCUGCUGAAAGCGAACGGCCAGAUCAAAAUUGCCGAUUUUGGCAUGGCAGCAUUGCAGCAAGACCCAAGCCACCAGCUUCGGACUGCCUGUGGGAGCCCACAUUAUGCUGCCCCCGAGUUGCUCCGCCACCAGUUCUACAAGGGCUCGGCUGUAGACAUCUGGAGCAUGGGGGUCAUCUUGUUCGCCAUGCUGGCCGGACGUCUCCCGUUCGACGACGACAACAUGGACGUCAUGUUGGCGAAGGCGAAGCGCGCAGAGUACAAGAUGGCGGCACACUUGACGAGAGAGGCGAAGGAUCUUAUCAGGAGGAUUCUGGUGGACCAGCCAGCCCACCGCAUCACCAUGAAGCAGAUGUGGCGGCACGCCCUCAUCAAGAAGUAUGAGUAUCUGGCCGAGCAUCAGAACUGGGACGAUCAGUCCCAGAAUACGGUGCGCGACCUGGGAGCUGCACCAAUUCCCGAGGAAAUCGACAUCCAGAUCCUUCGUCAGCUCAAGGCGCUUUGGCACACGUAUUCAGAGGCGGCUCUCCGAGAGAAACUUAGUCAGGACAAGCCGAACGACCAGAAGUUGUUUUACUGGUUGCUUUACAAUCACCGGGAGGCCCAGCUGGAGAACUACAACAACAACGUGCCGGUCUCGAAGAGCGACUUUCACCACCUCAAGCCACCGAACUGGAGCAAGCGGAUCUCGACUUGCCAGUUCACCAAACCCGGGCGCAACGGCCAUCCCAAAACCGUGUCCCGAUUCACAGUAAUCUCCAAUGUGCCGGAUGUAGACGAGGUCGGCACCAUCCGGAGCUAUGAUCCCUACAACGCAUCCCGCGUCCUGCAGCCGUGCGGCUCGCAAGUAAGCCAUGCCAAGAUCAUUGUCCAUCGCAACAGCCCCGAGCCGGGCGUCGGGCCGUCGCCCACUACCGUCUCGCAUUCGUACCGUUCGUAUCGAUCUGUGAACGGCUCUUUCCGGCAGCGCGCGAGAACCAUCUCGCGACGUGCAAGCUCAGCCAGCAAUCUGAAGUCGCCUCAAGCGUCCAUGAGCUCCAUCCGGAGCCAUCACAGCAACCCUCGGGUCCGCGCAAACAACCGAUCGAGACGCUCCGUCGAUUUCUCGAGCGUCCGCAGCAAGAGUCGCCGUCACCGUCGGAACCGGCAUGCGACCUUGGCUGCUCCAGCCACCGCUGCUGGGGAUGAUGCGACACCCGAUCAUGACGCGCUCACCGCCGCCAAUCGGGCCGAUGGGGCUGAUGCACGCCAAGUUGCAGCCACCAGGUCCAUGAUUGAGGUCGGCGACACAACAGACGACACGUUCAUCUGGAGCGAAGAGCUCGAGGAACUCGGCCACCGGAUUGCUCGGGAUUGUGACGAAGCGUUUAUGAGUUCCCUCCUCCUGUCCGAGCCGAGCGCAGCGGGAGCCGACUCUCGCGAAGCAAGCCCAUUCACACUGUCUCUGGGGACUCUGCCGGCCUUGCGAUCUUCGGAAGGCCAGGCGCCAUCGAACGAGAGCCGUUCGGGAACCCAUCCCUGGGACAACCGGCCCCUGCCCCCUGUUCCGUCCCAGGGUACCACUUCGCCUCUCUCAGUUCGAGACAACGGAUUGAACAUUGGAUCCGUCUCCCAGACGUCAAGACCCUACACCCUCCACUCCAGCCGGAACGUCCAGGUUCCGGAUCGUCGUGUUGUUUCCGAGCCGCUCUAUGACCGUGUGACGAAAGAGCCGAGACUACUGCCCUCCAUCUACGAGAACACGCCGGAUAGUUGGAUGAAACGCAAUGGCGGGUGCCACGAAUCGGGUCCAACCUGCCCGGAGACACCCACCCAUGCUAAGAACAAAGGGUUCGACUAUCUGGCCCAAGCUGAGAACACGAUUCGUCUUGUCAACUCGCCGACCGCGUUUGGUGCCGAAGAACCGGUCGAAGUUCCGGCGCCUCUCAAGAUUCAAAAGGUAUCUCAGAACACUGGCACCCACUCGGCAUUUGAGGCCUCGCUCCAGGCGCCGCCGAGGCGCAGCUCUUGCGGGCAGCAGCAGAAAACGUCGUCGAUCGAUGACCGUAACAGCGGCGAUGUCCUGCCGCCCAAGAAGAGGGUCUCUUCCUGGUUCAAACGCGCCUCUAAAGAGGAAACCGGUGGCUCAAGCUUCGUUGCGGUGUCCGACUCUAGCGCCCGCUCGAAGGAGACGCUGGUAAACUCGGAAGCCAGCCGCCUCAGCCGGCCCGUUUCGCAGUUGACUGACGAGCCGGCCGUCCGCCGUGCUCAAAAGAAGAAGUCUUUCGGCUUUGCGUUUUGGAAGGGUGGCAAAGAGGAGCUGAAGAUGUCGCUCGGAGAUUCGGACCCUGACGACGCCCAAGGUCGCCAGGAAAAAGCGAUUAAAAAGCGAUCCAGCAAGGAAGCCCGACAGGUGAGCGGCGCGCGACAGAGCGUCUGGUCAGAGAGCGACGGCGGCAUUCGCAAGAUCGAGGUUCAGCAGAACUGGCUGGCUCGUCUGUUCCGGGUCAAGCCUGCCAUGCGUUACUUGUGCUUCAAUAUUGCCAAGCGCCGUGCCCGGCAGGAAGUGGCCAUCCUGCUCCGCGAGUGGCGUAGGUACGGUAUGAGGGACGUCGAGGUGGACAAGGAGCGGAACAUUAUCUUCGCACGGGUGGGUGCGAAGAACUACCUGAACUUGAAGGAGGUAUCCUUUGCCGUCGAGCUGAUGACGGUCAUUGAACACGGCCGGCGCAACCAGCUCAGCAUUGCCCGCUUCACGCAGGAGAAGGGCGCGGCCAGCAGCUUCCACAGGGUUGUGGACGCCAUCAACGCCGCAUUCAGCACCCGUGCCCUGCUCGUCAACGACAAGCGGAAGGUCAAUAUGAUGAUCAAGACGCUUAACUCUUGAAACACGGCGGCGCAUGCUGCCAAUCGGUUUUGCACUCUCGUGCAUGUUGCUCCCAAGCCCGGGGGACAACGGCGACUUCUCGCUGUUUUACUGUCCGAGUUCAUGUCGGGAUGCGGCG